GAGUACUAUUAAAAUCUUGUGGAAGCCAUUAAAUAUUACAAGUUCCGCUUAUGUAAAAUAGGGGGCCGUCGUGAAUUUGAUCUUUGACCCAGUGAUGUCACGAUAUUCCCAAACAAAUUCCUCUUCCUGUUGUUUUUUUUUUUUUACGGAAGUAACCAACAGCAAGCAGCGUUACUGACUUAGAGAGAUAUGGACAUUGAUGAAUCAGUGUUACCACCCUGCUGGAUCAGUACUCCUUUAGAGUCGCAGGAAUGAUGAUCUGUGCUGGGUGUGGUGGUUUUGCCAACAUUCAUACUGCACUAAGAAUACAAUGGCAGAAGAGACGGCACUGGUGGGUGAAAAGAAGCUGACAGAGCUCUGUGCGAAACCCAGCGCUUUGGUAAAUAUCCUUCCAGAAAGAUCGAUUGUAGGAUUAAGAGUCACUGAGAACACAGGUGCUGGAUGUCUAAUAAUGGGUUCCUCCUUACAGCCAAGCAGGGGAACCUCUGAGGUAUUAAACACUCAGAAAGAACCACCUAAACGAGGUGAUAGCUACCCAUCCUCUCUUCGCUCCACCUCCACUUCUUGCACAUCCUGCAGUUCCUACAGUCUAGAAAUCAGUUUAUCCACAACCAAUAACAGUGACAAAGCAUCUAGACCACUGCCCCUAAAGACACCGUCAGAGAGCAGAGAUGGUCAAAGCCAUGAGGCCAAGCACCCAAGUCCCAUGGUCUGUGAGAAAUCAGUUCCUUCAGUAACCAAGUCAUAUAGACCUUCAGAUCCCAAGCCACUUCAGGAAAAGGAGCAGCAAACAGAAAUAAAAGUCAGGCAGUGUCUAGAUAAGCAUGGCAGUUCUGAGAUUGUAACACCCAAGAGUCCAAGUAUAGAAUCCAGACCAGAGAAGACAUUUUUGUCCAGCUCUAGUGAUAAUGGCAAGGUAUCAGCUCAACCAAUGUCAACAAACCAGUCACCUAAAACAACUUGCACUCAGGACGUUGGAAAGCAUGACGGCAAUAGUACAGGAAUGAAGGCCAGCCAAGAGGAGGAGGGCAUGUUUUAUGCAUUUGUAAUCCUGCAUGCACAGGAGGACUCUGAUGAAGCUGUGAGACUCAAGUCCAGGUUGGAGUCGAUCUCCUCAACAAUUGGAGCAACUUUCUCUGAGGACUUUGCAGUGCCUGGUCAGUCCACCUUUAGGUGUGUGGAGGAUGCUAUUGAGAACUCAGCCUUUGUCAUGCUGCUACUCACAACAAACUUUAACACUCGACUAAAUGAGACAAGCGCAGAUUCUGCACUUAUGAACUCGAUUGAAAAGCCACACAAAUACAACACUGUUAUCCCUCUGCUGCCCCGGGCCAAUGGUUUGACUCGUAACCAAAUGCCUUUCAUUUUGAAAACUAAAAACCCACUAGAUGAAACGAGGGACAAAAACAUUUUUGAAAAAAUGGUUCAAAAGGUCUUGGACUCGAGAAACAUACAGAAACAGAAGUUAUCGUGGAGUAUGGAACAAUCGGUAAAGAAACAAAGAGAACGACAGCAGUGGCUUCAGGAGGAGAGACAGUAUUAUAGUGAUGUUAUUCGAGAGUCUACAAAGGUCCAGGAGUUAGAGAAGCAACUGCAUAUGCAACAGCAACGACUGCUUCCUCCUUUUUCUGGAAGACCACAAUCGUUAGGUCCCAUGCUUGCCCAAAAUCCAAGUCCAAUGCCUUCCUACAACAGUGGGAGUAUGUGGCAACAACCACCAUCCAACAUCCACAUCGAAAAUGCUAAAUACAUCAUGAUUGGGAAUAACUCUACCAUGACUGUGGGACAAGGUGUAGACUCAGGAGAAGAAGAUGACUUCUAAAAAAUGAAACACUCGAUACACCACAAAAAAAAAAUGCAAUUCACAUCACUAUAAAACUGAUUCUUUAGAUUAUCCAAUGAUUAACGUGACUUAAGAACCCAGGUUCAUUAUUUCUCAUAGGGUAUGAUCAGAUGGUAACUUUACUGUUGGCUUUUUCAGAAUACAUAUUAAAUCUGUCCUUUAAUGUCUGCCAAUUUUUUGAACGACAUAACAUUGCUGACUAAAGCUCAAUCUAACAACUAUUUGGUGGUUUGUUUUUUAAGAAGAACUAUAAACUGUUAUGCUAGCUGGGUUUUUGUCGUAUGACUUUUCCACAUCACCUUUUCUUUUAUUCUACUCAUGAGAAAAAAAUGUUAAUUGUUUAAAAAAGAACAACAGGGCUUGACCCUUCUGUUUUCUUUUGUAUUUUAUAUAUAAAAUAUAUUGUUAUUUUAAAAGAGGGUGUUUUUCUAAACCCAAAGUCAACGUGUAUCUACAAAUACAGUACAUAACAGAGACUUCUUGGGCUUGGUUUUGGAUGGCUUGGAGCAAGAGAUGAUCAAGAACAAAAAAUGAGAAAACAUCAGCAUAAUAUGCAGAUUAAAUCACAGAAGUGAAGUGACUUGUGGCAGAAGGUCGAGACUAUGAUGUUGAAAAUUGCUUAUAAGAUAUCAGUCACUUGAAUUAAAAAUGAGACCUGGUGCAUUUAUCCAUAUCAGUAAGUUAUUCUGUACAUUAUUUUGUUUUCUCAAUAGAACAUCUGAUUAUUUUACACUCUGUGGGUUAGUUGUGUAUUAUGGCAUGAUUGUGAUAUCCAGCAUAUUAAUAAAAUGCUUACUUAAAUUUGU